UAAGAACAAAGAUGGCGGUGGAUUUGAGUGUAGCACGCCGACAACUUUCAGAGGCUCUUGGGGACUACUCUCAAACGUAUGAUCAUUUGUUCUGUAUUUUUUGUAGCUAAACAAUUAUUAAAAUUUUGCUAUGUUUGAUUUCCUAUAUCUUUAAGGUACUGGAACAACAUGAAGCUCUGGUAUAAACAAAAGGUUAGUAACUGUGAACUUUCACAUCUACCCUCUCAAGGUGAUGGGCUGUCAAGCUUGGCAGCACUAUCCUCCGACAGAGAGCCUCAAAGUGUGUUCCUGGCUCAAGACGUAUUUAUAAUUUUUACUUAUUCUCAACUUUGCGUAAAAAGACGGUGAAGGCGAACCGUUGGCUGGUCGCGUAGAAACUCCAGUGUUAAAUAUUAUACCAACCCCUAGUUGUCAAUUUAGAGCGCAAAUCAGGUUCAAAAGGAUUUUGAGAGUGAAAUAUUUAUGAGCAGAAGUUAAACUUGGCCACAUCAACGAGAGAAAUUGGUGUUUUUAUUGUGAUCAUUUAUGAUAUCCGUCAGAGGGUGGGAAGGAAACCCAGACCCAAGGCCCCCCUCCCCUCUAAAUCUCCUUGGACCUAUUUUACAUUCCCCUCUUAGUUUUGCCAGCUGAUACCAUGGCAGAGAUAAUGGAUGUUUCUUUUGAUAAGCACAUAUUAAUUUUUGUGGGAUGAUGUUUUCUUAGUUUGAGUUUGUUUUACACAGAUUUCCAAGGAGGAUUUUGAUGCACAAGCCAAGAAAUGUCUUGGGAAUGAUAACCGUAAGUAAAUAGCGUCACGAUUUACAAAUGAUCAAAAUCUUUAGUUUCCUCACCACUUUCACUAAAGAUACUGUUUCAAAACAAAUCCAUUUCGUGUCACACCUGACAAAUUAUAUCAACCCUUCAACUUCCAUGAUCUUAUUGUUUAAUUUUCCCUCCAACUGUUACACAUUUCCUGGUAAAUUAGUCACAAGAAUUUGGUGUUAAAUGAAGAUAAGAGCUUCUACCUGAUAAGUUCGAGAUUUCUCAUCACCUGUUUUUGGAUAUAGUGUGGAUAUUUAAGAGAUUAAGAUUUCUGGGAGUUAAAUGGUUACUAAAUUUUCUGCUAUGAUUUUCCAAGUUCUUUAUUAAGUUAGGCUUAUAACUAAAAAAAAAUUAAAUACUUUAAAAUAUAACUCAUUAAUCAGAUGAUCGGAUUAAACAAGCCUGGAAUGUAAUUGUAUUAUGUGGAACAAAUUGAAGAGAAUGCAUUGAGCAUCAUAUCCAACCUCAUUUGACAUGUCCUCUGGAAAAAUUAGCUUAUGGAGAAAAAAUAACUUGAUCAAAUGAAUUUGUAUUAAGCAUAUGGAUCAUUAUAAUUCAAGAGCAAGAAAAACAACAGAUGUCAUUGCUUGAUAUGCCAGCUGCCUGAGACUGCGUGUGGGAGAGGAGAUUAUGGUUUAUUUUUGCAGUCUUAAGAUAAUUCCUUUCUUCUCUCUUUUGUAGUUCAUUUCCAUAAUGAAUUUCUUCUUGCCAUUUUGGCAAAAUGUCAAGCCCUUGGAUCUUCUCCAGGUGAGUCACUGAAAAUUAAGACUUUUUAAAUGAUUCUAGCAGAGUUAAACUGCCAUUCAGAUCUAUCAUAUCAUCUUGCAGUAAACAUUGAUGAAAUCAAUCUAAUUUUCUUCCUGUCUUGUAGCACCUCAUCCAAAAACUCCACAGAAGUUACCUCCCAAACCACAGCUGAUUAAGAAAGGAAAAAUUAAGAAGCAAAAGAAAGUGUUAAGGGCCAAUUUUGAGGUACAGUGAUUUUCAAGUCUUUGUUUGGGAUAAUGUAUCACUGGUCAUAAUGAAAUCUCAUUUCCUCAUAUUUCACUAUACUAUCCUUGUCCAUGCUCUUUUUGGUAAUACAGUAAUGAAAAGUCAAUUGAAUAGAUGUUGACUAAUAUUUUUAAUUUUUGUUUUAAUCACCAGCAAAGGUUUGCUCCUUGUGACCCUUUACAGAAUGCUCCACAGCUGUCUUUGAAGGUUUGUUUAAACUUAUUCAGAUCAUCUACUUACAAUCAGAUCUUUUUCAACCCUUAUCACUUCAAUUUUUUCUCUUUUACCCCCAUUUAUUAAAUAGUCACCCCCUCCUUCCUUCCCCCCCCCCCACGAAAAAAAACAAUGUUGUAUUGGGAUUCCAUGAACUUUAAGCUACUUACAGGUAACAUUGAAUGGGGAAGGGGGGUUCUUGUCAAUGAUUUAGAGAGUGGUAGAAACAGGAGUGUUAUUCUCCACAUGGACAGAACUUUUCAAACAUGAUAUAUCAACUAGUUUUGAUACUGAUUGUAGUUCCUGUUCAUAUAUUGCUGUGAGCAACAGAAACAUAAGUAUAAUUAUUGAUUAUUAUUUCAUCUGGGAGUGAAAUUUAAACAAAUUGAAACUUAGACAUAAUAUGCAUUGUUUUACAUGGGUUGCUUGUAUUCUCAAAAAGUUCAAAAACAAAAAAGAGACAAGGAAAUUUUCUCAGAUGUUCAGAGAUUGUCCAUUACAUUUGUAAAGAUGAAGGUAAAAUUUCAACCAGUAAAAAUGCAAAUGAGUAUUAAGUGAAAAUUAAAGUGUGAAUUUUUUCUGAUUGUUUUGGUGGGAUUUUCAUGAAUUGAUUUGAAAUUUACAACAUGUGCACCAGUCCUUAAUUCACAUUUUGUUCAUUGGUCCAACCACAUGUUCUUGUUUUUUUUUGUUUUUUGUUUUUAAUAUGUUUUCUCCUUUGGCUGAUGUUGUUGCAAUUUCCCAUAUAUAGGGUAAGUACCACUCGUGAUAAUGAUAAUAAUAACAAUAAUAAUAAUGAUGAUGAUGAUGAUCAUAGCAAAUACUGUAUCCAUUUGUUAAAACAUUGCUAGAAUUUUAGUAGAAUAUUAUGAAAAGUCAAUGCACAUAUAAGAUAUGUUGAUUAUAGCUAAAUGUUGUUCUCAGAGAUGUGGUUGAGGAUGCAGACAUCUGGGUAAGCACCCUCCCUGGGCUCAAUGUGUGGUGAUGGUUAGCAGGAUACUUUACUCUUGCAGUGCCUUUUGUCAACCAGGAGUGUUAAUGGGGUCCCUGUGAACUGUCAGGGAAAGUUGACAAAAAGCUGGGGGGAAUAAAUUCCAGCAAUCUCAGGGCAAUUAUGCAUGUGAUGUCUCACCUUCUCUUAUUGGGGUUCUCCUCUCUUCUAAGUGUUCUCCUUUUCUGGUGGUAACCAGAAAAAUUUACUGCCUGAAGUACCUCUUUUACUUCUUAGAAUUUAUUGCAAUUCUUGAAAAUUUAUCGCAUAAAAGAUUGUUCUACCCAUUUAAAAACAUUUUACCAGUUGUGCAUAAAUGAAGGGAGAUCCCUGUCUGUAAUGUUAUAAUUUUUUGAUCCAUACACAAAAGUUUGGUUAAUCACAAUUGUGAAAAUGAAAAAAGAUGUUGCAAAUAUUGUGCAGUAUGAUAUGGAUAUUUUAUAGUGCAAACAUGUACAAUAUUUCCAGAGAAGCUACCACACAUUUCCUUGUAAAUUGAUUUCAAGAAUUAGGUGUUCAAUCAAGGUAAUAAAUUGUACCUGAUGAGUUUGAGUAUUCUCACAACUUGUUUGCUGUAUAAUUCAUGGAUAGUAUAGGGAGAAGUUACAUGGCAAUCAGUUGUGGUAGUUAAGGGGUUAAGCAUUUUGUGUUUUUACAGAGCUUUCAGAAGACAGUGAAAUUGGUCUUUGUUCAUAUGACUUGAUGUUACCGGACUCUGCUACCAUAUAUGGCAGAUUGUUUCUUGGUGCUUGGGAUGCUGGGUUGGACAGUGUUGCGGAUGAAACAGUGAACCUAAUGCUUCAUGCCACAGAGGUACUGGAAUGUCACUGCAAAUUUGUCCUAGUGUAAUAGGUUAAAGGUUGAGUGCACAAUGUUCUUUUCUUUAGUAAGGUUUAAUCUUUUACUUUGUUGCCUCAUUCUUUACAUUAAUGGUUGAAUGUGGGAGAAGCUGUGGUUUUGAUUUGUACUUCUAUCAUUAAAGAACCUCUAUAUUAAACAUCAUUUAACAAUAGCCAAGAAAUAAAUUAUUGUGCCCAAUUAAAAUAUUGGAAGAGAAACCUUGAUUUUAUUUUAUCUUGAAUUUACAGAGUAGGUAAGAAGUUAAUUUCUUUGAAAAUUUUAAACAAACAUAAACAUAGUGUUUAAGGACCCCAAACUAGCAGGAGGCAGACCAGUUGGCUAAUUACAAAGUGCAGCCAAGCUGUCAAAUUCAAGACAACCACUAUUAAAUCCAGUGCAUAGUGGGAUGGAGGGCUGGCACCAACAGAUAACAAGACCAAUGCCCUAACCACUCAGCCACACUACCUCUUAGAGAAAUAUAACAAAGAAGCAAAAUAAUGUUAAAAAAAAGGGCUUGAAGUGUAUCAGUUGAGAAAAAACACAUGUACUCAAGCAGAAACUGGUUCUCAUUUAAAAAUUUCUCAACUUCUAAGUACCUGCAAUUUCAAUCUUUCUUCCCUAUCAUCAACAUCUCCAACUCAAGACACCCCCCAAUGCUCAUUCCUAUUCAGGUUAAAUGAAUGACAUUCAAUUAUUUUUUUCUCUUAUCAGUACUUAGUGAAAGAUAUUUUGACGGUUUGCUGCUCAAUGAGGAGCAACUUUAGACUCAGGGAUGGACAUUUCCGCUAUGCCAUGGGUGGGACCUACCCCAGGAUGCACCUCAGAAAUAGUACCAGUCCCUGGCCACCAGGUGCUGAAAGGUAAGCAUUGUGAAUUUUUUAAGGGCGUGUAUUAUUUCCUUAAGCGGUGGGUUUUAUGAAUUGUUGAAAAUUUUAAAGCAGCCUUGCUUCUGCUUAAGCCCUAGUUCUUGCAACUAUAAGAGGAGGCCAGAACAGUUCUGAAAUUACACAAGCAACCACCCUACGUAUAAACUUUCAAAGGCCAUAAUGGUUAAAUUUGAACGGGAGUUUAAUGGUUUAACUUGCCAAAGUUUAUCUUGUUUUCUCUAGUAUUGCUACUCCCCAUCUCCUCCCCCCAAGGUUCAUGAUUGUCUCAGCCCGUUGUGUCUUGUGGAAGUCAUGAAAUGACAGCUCGCAAGGUUUUGAAAAAAUUAACUUCAAAUUCAAGGCGAGCUUAGAUGAAAAUUCUGAUGUUUUAUUUCUUUAAUCGAAUUAUUACCUUUUUCAUUUACCACAUAAGAUGAUACUCUAUUUGGGUGAAGAAGCGAACACACUGGAUACGGAAAGCUGGCGAAUGAAGCCCCGGGCUAUUUUUUUUCCCGCGCAGGGGUCGUAGUUCGCGUCAAACCGUUCGGCCCUACACACGUCAGUUUUCACUGUGAUUUUCGAUGAGAUUGCACGAGCGGCGCGGGACGCGUCAUCUGAUAAUAAAUAAACCGUAGUCCUCAGUCACAAUCAUUUCAUGUGAAUCGACUUCCGGGCAAAUCAACUUACGGGCGGUAAGACCCGUUGCCAUGACCCGAUGAGAGUUUUAACCCAGGUCUUUCGAAGACUAGCGCGCUGACCAUGGAAACCGCCGCCUCCUCUGCAAUACGCAAAACAUGCAGUUGAGCGCGAGCGUUUCCUCCCUGUAAAAGCGCUUUGACAACAAAGGAAAAAAGGCCAUUGUUACGUUAGUUGCAGAAAAGUUAGCGUACGCAAAGGACACAACUUUCUAUCAGCGACCUUCAAGUUGCCAGUUUUGUUACAGAAAAAGCGUUUUGAGCAAGUUUCCAUAGCGAAAAAUGGCUUCAACUUCGAUUAAAAGCAGACAGGAAUCUUCGCGGAAUCUUUCCUAUAAAGCCAAAAGUUUUGUUGGCAAAUGUGAAAGAGAAUUCCGUGAACUCAAGCAGCGUGCAGACAAGUACUUUGACGACUUGGACAAAGUCGAGGAGAUGUGCCAGCGAGCGAAGCAAGACGUUGAGAGAAUUCGACUGGAAGCUCAGGCCAAAAAAGAGAUAGCAAAAAGAGAUGCCGUCUUCCAAGCCAACUUGUAUUUUGUUGUCCAAGAAAUGACGGGUAAACGGAAGAGAAUGAAAGUCAGAGAAGAGACAACGGCGGCAGAAGAGAAGGGGCCUGAACCGGCCAGAAACGCUGAGCGGGACACAUUAACUGGUCGCGUUUGUCGCUAUGUGAAGAUUGGCUGUUCAUUGGUGUUUGAUGCAGUAGCUGUAUAUGGACUGUUCAAGUUAACGCAACCAUACUUCUAAGUCUUGGCUCAGGGUUGGGGGAGGGGAGGUACUGACUGAACUGAAAGAAAGAAAAUAAGAACGAACAAUGUGGGUUUUUAUGUUCUUCUUACUCAGGAAAAUGGUUUCUAUGACUUCUCAACUCCAAGAUUUUUACACGAAGAAGGAAAACAACAGAAGGGAGAUGAAGAUAGCAACAGAACUUCAGCAUGAACAGCAAAAUACAAGUUGAAAUCGAUUUUUGUAGAGUUUACGAAUCAAUCAGGAUGUACUAAGAAAUAAACAAUUUUUUCCCUAUCAAACGAUGGAAUUUUUUUUUGCUUUUCCUCGCGGAAAGUUUAUCCAGGCUUUUCUAUCAGUUGAGAAGCGAGAAAGAAAAGUUAUAGUUAAAAAGCAAGCAAAAGAAAACUAGGCAUGUGAGCCCACGAGAAGUGAGCCCGCGCUAAGCUUCCCAGCUUUUGGUUGGCGGAAACAAGCGAAACGGCGUGCGCGAAAAACAGGGGAGGGGCAUGGGUUCGGGGAGAGAAAACACUUCGCUGUGGAAUCGACUACGAACAAAAAAGAGCGGUGAAAGUAGAGUCUGAAAAAUGCUACUAGCUCUCAUUAACGCUGUGGCACGAGCGGCGAGGGCCACAAGACUCGUGUUGCCUCGCAAAUCAAGCGUGCGAGAGUUGUGUGUGGGGUCUGGCAUGACUUUCGAGCCCAGACACUUGCAAGCUCCUGUAGGACCUCUCUUACGCUUAUAAGACAACCCUAAUGAGAGCCUGCUUUUCGACUCUGAUAUUCGUAAAAGAAUUGCUUCGCGUUUUGAGGUCCGGUACUGCCAAUGUUGUCAAGAAACUAGUUUAGACUCACCCACAUAUUUAUCUUGUGUUGGUUCAGAUCUUUGGGCUGUGUUAAUGGUGCUGCCAGCAGUAGUAGCAACAGUGGUCGAACGUUGGAGCAAGCCGAAGCUGAGGCAGCGGUCACAGUUGCCAGCAGUGAUAGUACGGGAACAGCUAAACCUCCGAUUUCUCUUAUGGAUCUUAGGGAUGCUCUACAGGUAGGUUGGAGAUUUAAUUAUGUCUAUAAUUACUAGUGGACUUCAACGAAAAAGCAUUUCCUCAUCAUUUCAAUCAGACGAAAAUAGUCGUAGUGCCAAAUGCGGGGCGAAAACGUCUGUGGGUCUUACUCUCGUCCAUAACCUGAGUUGAUGACCUCUUCCGGUUCCUAGGUAUCUCUUUUGAGGAGAAGGCUAUCUUUUUUCUCUUCUCACAUCUGCGGACGUUCGCGUAACGGAGUUUCACGUUUCCUCCAUCGAGAUGAACGCCCGGUGGCAAGUUGCCCCGUCCAUGCCCUAACAUAUGAUAAGAAAAGCGGAAGGGGGAGGGGAGGGGAAGGGAGAUAAAAUCAGUAGAAAGGGCAAAGACCGGGAGAGUCCCUUGGCAACUAGUUUCAAAGGAUAGAGCGUUACAUUUUUUUAAAUUAACUUCCGCAGUUGAUAAAAUCUUGUUUUUUUUCUGCAGGUUCAUCGGAGAGUGAUUCCCUCGCAUACUGUAUAUUCGGCAAACAUCGAGAGAACACUUGCAAACAUGUGUCACCCUGGUCAUGACGAACUAGAACAAAACCAAUUACACAAACUUGAGGCAAGACGAAGAUAUGAAAGACUGAAACAGCAAAGGAGCUUAAGCUUGAGAUUGUAACUAAACGCCUUAGUGUGACCGUCUUCAAUCCAGCCGCUGAUACUAAAAUUUCUACGUAGAUUUCCAUGAAUAUUUUACUCUGUCCAAGCCCAAAGAACUAAAUUCAAGGCUUCGAUGAUAGAAGCGACUACCCUUUCUCGCCAACCGACCAAGAAAUAAAAAAUGGGCUCAAAUCUUGUGGUUAUUUAGUGAUAAUAUAACUGAGAUAAUGACUUUCUUGGCUAUCUUUGGACACCUGUUGUGGUUUGUUUGUCAUUUGCAUAUCAGCUGUUCAAUUCCGGUUUCACGAAAGAGGAACAAAAGAUUUUAAUUAUAUUUCUUUUCUGUGAGGUAAAUAAGUUAUUGAGCAACAUCUCCCGCUUUGACAUACCACUCGAGGAAAGCCCCUUACCUUGUCACGUCGGCGUAACUCUUCAAUCUUCUUGCGUGACAGUUAACCUGUCACGAUAAGACCAGUAAACAAAUAAGGAGUUGCCGUAGAAAAGGAUCCGCACGGGACUACGCUGGAAAAGGAAAAGUGACUGUCUAAACGUCUGUUUGGCUGCUAAUUUUCUCUAGUAAAGAUAAAAUGAUUAUUCAAUGAUU